GUUCUUUCCGCCUCCCAGUGCCAUUCUCUCGCAAAGCUUUACCUCGAAGAUCGGAUGAAGACUGUCGAUUCCUCCAUUUUCAGUUUAAACUCCCGCAGCUGUUGAAAUAAAGCCACCCCUUCUUUCCCUCUCACAAGUCCUCGCCUCACUAGGCACUCAAUUCGUCAUGCCUUCACAAGUAGCGACUUCCUUGCGCCUAGCAAGGCAGUUCUCUGCUAAUCCAGCCAAGCACCAAAGGUUUCUUGCACGUGCUUUCUCGAGCAGCACUAUUCGACCUGAAAUCAACAAGGUCCUCUCGUCGGCCGAGCUGGCAGUCAAGGACAUGAAGUCCAAUUCAACUCUUCUGGCAGGUGGCUUCGGACUUUCCGGGGUCCCGGACACGCUCAUCAAUGCGGUGCGAGCCAAUCCCUCGAUUUCCGGAUUGACAGUAGCCAGUAACAAUGCCGGAGUCGACGGAUCUGGGCUGGGUCUCCUCCUUCAGUCUCGACAAAUCAAGAAGAUGAUUGCCAGCUACGUGGGCGAGAACAAGACCUUCGAGCGCAUGUACUUAACCGGCGAGAUCGAGCUCGAGUUGACACCGCAAGGUACCCUGGCGGAGCGUUGUCGAUCCGGAGGCGCCGGUAUCCCUGCGUUCUAUACCCCCGCGGCUUUUGGAACGGUCGUUCAGACGGGUGAGCUGCCCCUGAAACACAAUGCCGACGGUACCGUCGCGCAGUACAGCCACCCCCGGGACGUCAAGGUGUUCGACAACAAGAGCUACGUGAUGGAGGAGGCGAUCAAGGGUGACUACGCUUUCGUCAAGGCCUAUAAGGCCGACAAGCUGGGUAACUGCCAGUUCCGGUAUGCUGCCGCCAACUUCAACGGAGCCAUGGGACGUAACGCGAAGAUGACCAUCGUGGAGGCGGAGCAUAUCGUGGAGCCAGGCGAGAUCGAUCCCGCAGCCAUCCACCUGCCCGGUAUCUACGUGAAGCGUGUCAUUCAGAGCACCGAGCCUAAGAAUAUUGAGAAGUUCACUUUCGCCAAGGAGGAAGGGGACGAUGCGGCUGCUCUGGGCAAGGGCGACACUGCCACCAAGCGGGAGCGUAUUGUUCGUCGCGCAGCCAAGGAGUUCAAGAACGGGAUGUAUGCGAACCUGGGCAUCGGAAUGCCCAUGCUGGCCCCUAACUUCGUGGAUCCUUCGGUGGAAGUGAUGCUUCAGUCUGAGAACGGUAUUCUGGGUCUGGGACCCUACCCUAAGAAGGGCCAGGAGGAUCCGGAUCUCAUCAAUGCGGGUAAGGAGACCGUGACUCUUUCGCCUGGCGCCGCUGUCUUCGGCAGCGAGGAGUCCUUCGGUAUGAUCCGUUCGGGACGUAUCGACCUGACCAUCCUGGGCGCUAUGCAAGUCAGCGCCCGAGGUGAUCUGGCUAACUGGAUGCUUCCUGGCAAGAUCAAGGGCUUCGGUGGUGCUAUGGACCUGGUGUCCAACCCGUCGGCCACCAAGGUGGUAGUGACGAUGGAGCACACCGACAAGAAGGGCAACCCCAAGAUUGUCAAGCAGUGCGAGUUCCCCCUGACCGGGAAGUCCUGUGUCAGCCGGAUCAUCACCGAUCUUUGUGUGUUCGACGUCGACUUCACCGACGGUCUGACUCUGGUCGAGCUGGCCGACGGAGUCACGGUGGACGAGGUCCGCAGCAAGACUGAGGCUUCAUUCAAGGUGGCCGAUGACUUGAAGCCCAUGCUAUAAAAGCAAUUCGCCUCUCUGUGCUAUGGAUAGGUGACAAGUUUGCAUACAUGAUUGUGAUUUUCAAGCGUAUAGGGUUUGAUCGGUUGAUCGGGGACAAAACAAAAAAGACAUAUCUGGAUAAGACACUGUAAAUACUAUGCCUCAUUGAGUUUAACAAUUCAUUGCAAUUUAUGGACAU